UUAAAACCACAACAAGUCACAACAAAAAAGGUGAUCAGGUAAGUUUCAAUUAAUUGGUUGAUACCGUUUCUGCCCUCUAGUCUUUCUUUCAGUCUGAUUUUUGUGUCCCCUGUUUUCUCAUGUGGUUUUGUUUUUGUUUUGCUUUACCAUAGUAAAUGUAUUACUGAAGGCUGUUGCAUAUUUUAAUUCAGCCUCUCUUUAUAUAUCUCUGCUUAUUUAUUGAAUUAACUGUAUGUAUCUUGCUUAAUCUCUUCUUCUCUUUAGAUCUCAAGAUGAUUCGCACACGAGUCCAUCCUGAGCCUCCUGAUGAGGGUAGCAGCCCAGAACCAAGAUGGACACCUGUGGUUGCGAGAACUGAAUCAGACAUUCGUCUUCUGAGGACCUUCAAAAACCAGUUUCUGGGCGUAAUGAAGCAGUCUCAGAGGGAUGCAGAGCGGGCAUGUAGAGAGGCCUCUGUGUGGAUGGCACAGCAGGCAGGGAGACAAGAUACCUUGGAGUAUAAUGUUCGAACAUUUGAGGGAAGUCUGUCCCCAUCCUCCUCUGGUUCUGUUCUUGAGCCAGUGUGGGAGCUAAUCCCAACACUAAAACCUGCGCCUAGACCCGCUCCACCUAAACAGUCCAAGCGGACCUGCGCUGUGGAAGACAACUUGCAGUGUGCUGCUGGUGCCGACAUGAUAUCUAGUUGGCAGGCAGGAGUUCAGCUCCAGCCACAGAUUGCGCAGCUUUUACCUGGACAUUCAGACCAUUACUCAAGGCCGAGUCCAGUGAUCCACCCGUUCUCUGUCAUGCCAUCUCCUCUCGGGGCAUCCCGUGCUCCCUUUCCUCCGCUGUCCUCAAGUCAGCCUCAGCCGGCCUCUCACUUGGUUGUUGAAUUGCACACCAGUCCUGCUCCAACUGCCUCUGCUCCUGGUGUGCAUCCAUUCCAGGCGACUGCCCAAAGAGAGAAUCGGCAUCAACCACCAAUUUUACAAGCACCUGCCCCGUCAACUACAGCCGUCGCUAAGGCAAAACCAAAGCUUAAAACAUCAGAAAUCUCUCGUGAUCCCCUAGGCCCAGAUCCUCUUGCAGAAUAUGAGAGAAGGGUAAGAGAGAUGGAGGAAAGAGGCCAUAUUAUGGACUUAAUUCCAGUGAUGAGAAAAAGAGAGCUGGCCACUUUGCAGAUUUAUCUGUUGGACAUCCGAGGCCUUCCAGCUGAGGUUGAACAGAGGAGGAAGAUCCAUGAUAGUGAGACCAUGAAAAUGGGGGAACUGGAGAGGGAAAAGGAUGCAAACACGUUGGCUGAGAUCAAACACGAGCUUGAGAGCUAUAAAAGAAUCCUGGCACGGGUGAAGGAGAGGGUCACGGCCGACGCUGAUGCUCACCUUUUACGACAAGACUCAGAAAACAAGCCGAUCCAACCCCGCUAA